GAGUUGUCUUCUUCCCAAAUUCUCCCACCAAUCCAAUGAAUAAUAUUUAAUCUCCCAACCAAUCAAACUUUGAUCGAAUUAGGGAUGGAGAAAGAAACCGAACUUAAACUCUUGAAUUCCAAAUCGCCGUCCAACAUGCCGCAGCGGGAGCCGUCUCACGAUGAUGGCUCAGCCAAGGCCGACCGCCCUCGCCUCAAGCAUGAAUCCCCAAUGCCGGUAUCCACUGAGAGUAUCCAGGAGCUGGAGAAGAAAUGUGCUGCAUAUGUGCGGAACGAUGUCUACGGUCCAAUGGGACGAGGCGAGCUUCCGUUGAAGGAGAAGCUCCUACUCGGCAUCGGGCUCCUGACUCUGGUUCCGAUACGCAUCAUUCUGGCGAUGACUAUAUUGGUCCUCGAUUACUUGAUUUGUCGGAUUUGCACUCUUUUCUCAACGCCGAACCGAGAGGACGAGCAGGAAGACUACGCGCACCUACGCGGAUGGAGGCGAGCGGUGAUCGUUCAUUCCGGAAGGUUUCUGGCUAGGCUCAUGCUUUUCGUGUUUGGAUUUUAUUGGAUAAGUAGCGACGACAAAUCAACAAGUGAGAAUCAGAGCCAGGAUCAAUCAGAAGAAGUGGAAAGACCUGGAGCAAUAAUUUGUAAUCAUGUUUCCUAUAUAGAUAUAUUGUAUCAUAUGUCUUCUUCUUUCUCGAGCUUUGUUGCUAAGAGAUCAGUGGCUAAACUUCCAUUUGUUGGCCUCAUUAGCAAGUGCCUUGGUUGCAUCUUUGUUCAAAGGGAGUCAAAAUCUUCUCACUUCAAGGGUGUUUCAGGUGUGGUGACUGAAAGAGUUCGUGAAGCACAUCGAAAUAAAAUUGCUCCAAUGAUGAUGCUUUUUCCAGAAGGCACAACAACAAAUGGAGAUUACCUUCUUCCAUUCAAGACAGGUUCCUUUCUGGCAAGUGUGCCUGUGCUUCCAGUCAUAUUAAGAUAUCCAUACCAAAGAUUCAGUCCUGCCUGGGAUUCAAUCUCUGGGGCAAGAGUUGAACGUUGGGCACGACAUGUGAUUUUUCUCCUCUGUCAAUUUAUUAAUUACAUAGAAGUGACAAGGUUACCUGUCUACUACCCAUCACAAGAAGAGAAGGAUGAUCCGAAACUAUAUGCUAAUAAUGUCCGCAGAUUAAUGGCUAAGGAGGGUAACUUGAUAUUGUCAGAUAUUGGACUGCCUGAGAAGCGAGUAUAUCAUGCUGCUCUCAAUGGUAAUAAUAGACUGCCUAGUGUUUUGCAUCAGAAAGACGAUUGAUAAUUUCAUGGCUUCGCUCCCAAUGAUAUCUAGUCUCAGUUGAGUUUCUUAGUUUAUAUCAGUAUUUUCUCAUGAAUGCACAGUCAAAGCAAAGCGGGUGGUCAGUCCUUGCCCCCAUUAGCCCAAAAAGAUGCUGGCAUGCAAUCAUUGUCUUGUAAUUUUCCUACUUAUGGAAAAUGUGCUUGGUAGAUACUGAUUAAACGUGAUUAUGGAUCUCAUCUAGUCAGAUCACCUAAUAGAAAUUGAUUCUAGGGCUUGUCUCAUGUUAUACAAAUUCUUAACAAAGUUGACUGUUACUUAGAAUGCAUCUGUGUAUCUGAAGUGUCUCUUUGGUGUUCAUGCAGGUUUAUUUUGCCAAAGCUAAUUCGGAUUCGCCAUCUGUUUAUUCUUUGUAUUAGCAUGUUAUUUAUGGGAAUGAUUUAAAAUCAUAUAGAAAUCUUGAGCCGAACAAGUGCAGUCAUAUUGUCAUCAGUUGGUUAUGUAUUUUACCUGGAGCUGAAUUGGCAUUCUCAAAUCUGGUCUCUCUUCAAGUUAUGUUGAUGAGAAGACGUUCAAGAUAUGUGACAUUCACAUUUGGGAGGGAGAGAAUAACCUUGCUAACACAGAUGCAGAGGCCUGGAGGUCUGAAUUUUGAUCUGCACCUAGCUUUCAUGUCAAUGCCACGACCGACGUGCAUGGCUGCUUCCUGGCUUGCUUUGCGGUCAUAAUUUCCUUAUAUGGAGUUGGAUUCUGGGUUUAUCAAUAUCAGCAAGAGCCUGCACCUUGCGGUGGGCAUCUUCCAAUUUCGAGGAGUAAAAAUUACUAAACUAGUGGGUGCAAUCCGAGCAGAGUUUCUGUAUGGCAGGCCAUCGAUAAUGUAGCAGCCUCCUGAUAUCAUGAUUCAUUCAUGCAGAAAUUUUCUUUUAGUCGUCCGUGACGGUACGAUAUAAUUCAUUUUUGAGUUGUUCUCAAAUACCUUCCUCUAGUCACAAGGUUGUUCUUGUCAUCUCGUA